CCCCUAGUUUUGGCGUUUUCUGGGUGUCACCUGUGAACCAUGCCUAAAGUUGUGUCCCGGUCAGUUGUCUGCUCCGACACUCGGGACCGGGAGGAAUAUGACGACGGCGAGAAGCCCCUCCACGUCUACUACUGUUUGUGCGGCCAGAUGGUUCUCGUGCUGGACUGUCAAUUAGAGAAAUUGCCCAUGAGGCCCCGGGAUCGGUCCCGGGUGAUUGAUGCUGCCAAACAUGCCCAUAAGUUCUGUAACACAGAAGAUGAGGAGACUACGUAUCUUCGCAGGCCUGAAGGCAUUGAACGACAGUACAGGAAGAAGUGUGCAAAGUGUGGACUGCCACUCUUCUACCAGUCCCAGCCGAAGAAUGCUCCCGUGACCUUCAUUGUGGAUGGAGCAGUAGUCAAGUUUGGCCAGGGUUUUGGAAAAACGAAUAUAUAUACUCAGAAGCAAGAGCCUCCUAAGAAGGUGAUGAUGACCAAACGGACUAAAGACAUGGGCAAGUUCAGCUCUGUCACUGUGUCAACUAUUGAUGAAGAGGAAGAGGAGAUUGAGGCUAGGGAAGUUGCUGACUCGUAUGCACAGAAUGCCAAAGUGAUUGAAAAACAGUUGGAGCGCAAAGGCAUGAGCAAAAGGCGGCUGCAAGAGCUGGCUGAACUGGAAGCCAAGAAGGCAAAAAUGAAAGGGACUUUGAUUGACAACCAGUUCAAAUGAUCGGACCUUUCUCUGAACCCAGACUAUAGGCGAGCAUUUAGACCAGACGGCAAAAGACCUUGUUCUUGACUGUGUGCACUGCUUCCUACCUUUAUGUCCCAGCAGAAGGCUUUAUGUUGCUUCUACGUUCAGUGAGGUCUUUGAGUCCAUCUGACCUGCUUUCUAGAGUUGGGUUUUUAAAAUCUUUCUAUAUAUGGUUCUUCUGUACUGUUUUUUGUUUGUUUUUUUUUUUUUCAUUUGAUAUAAACAUUUUUAGCUGUGCAGGAACUCUAUGAAUAGAUCAGUGCUUAACUAUCUCUAGUUUUUAAAGCAGCUGGUCUUUAAUAAAAUGUUCAAAGAUUUUUGAAAAAAAUAUUAUAAGUUGUCAUAGAAAAAAGUGGCACAUAAUUAGAUUUAAAGGGUCCCUUGAGGGUCCCUUGAGGUCUUGGCAGCUAUCAGCUAUGGUUUGAAUCUCUUCUUCUGUCACAGAAAACCCAUAAAAAGCCAGAAUCUGCAUAAAGCUUCCUUUACUUCAAAUAUGAAAGCUAUAAGUGAGCCAUCCCUUAUCAGACUUUGCACUUAAAGAAGCAAAAGCCAGAUUGCAGUGAAGGGUUAGGGUAGCUGAGAUCUGAAUGAAAGUGGAAUCUCAGUAAGCAACCCAAGGGAGCUACCAUCCUGUCAAGUAGCUAAGAGUACUGCUUCUGUGUGUGGGCAUGUGGGAGGGAGAAAUUAUAGAGUAAGAAAUGAUGCUGAGGUUGAAAACAGUAUAUGUUGGGUAUUUUAUUUCACAUUUCCUAUUUGUGGAAGAGUCUUACAGAUAUAAAUAUUUAAUAUUACACCGCUUAAGUGAUAUCAAUAUGUAGUGUUUGUAUCCAGAUUUAAUCUGUUCACCUGUAUUACAAGGUAUCGCCUGCAUCUAGUCAGAUCUCUGCAACUGAGUUGUUGUCUCCACCUCAGUUCCUGUCCUCAUUCUGAGGGAUAAUUAGGCAUUAUGUACCUAAUAACCAACCGUAACCUCUGCACAAUUCCUUGACCUCAACUGCAAAUAAUGACCUUCAUGCCACUUUAGCCACAAAGUGCCAUGCCCACAGGCUGGAUGUCAUCUCAACCACCUCUGAAAUCCAGUGCUCUAUUCUUUCCACACAACCUCCUAUCAUUGCUACUCUGGUACUCACACUUCUACUAAAAGUGUUCUGUUUUUAGAUGUGAAGGGUAAUUAUCUUGAUUAUUUUAUUAGUAGUGGUAAUCUAAAAUAGUAGUGAUACUAAUACUAGCUACUUUUUAUUAAGUACUUACUAUGUGUCAGGUGCCAUGGAAAGCACUUUUAUAGGUAUUACUUUCAUUUAAACAUGAAGAUAAUCUCAUGAGAGAGGUUUAAGUAGAGUAGCUCUCCUCCUUAUCUGUGGGGGACACAUUCCAAGAUCCCCAGUGUAUGCCUGCACUACACACACACAUACACACAAUGUUUUUUCCUAUGCAUACAUACACUUUAUGGCUUCUAUUGCCAUAUCCAAAUUUCUAUCAUCACUAUUCUUAUGUUUUGGGGCCAUUAGUAAGUAAAAUAAGGGUUACUUGAACAUAAGCACUGUGAUACACUUACAGUCGAUGUGAUAACAGAGACAGCUACUAACAGACUGACAGGUGAGGAGUAUUUACAGUGUAGAUAGACAAAGGGUUGCUUCACAUCCCAGGCGUAAGAUUGUAGGGCACUACUCAGCACAGCAUGCAAUGUAAAACUUUUGAAUUCUUUCUUUCUGGAAUUUUCCAUUUAAUAUUUUCAGACCAUGGUUGACCGUGGGUAACUGAAGCCACAGAAAGCAAAACCACAGAUAAAGGCUGGGGAGGGGGAGGGCUACUGUACUAUCCGUCAUUAUAAUGUUAUAAAUGUGUACUUUGAGGCCCUGAGAGUUUGAGUUUCCCAAGUUCCCAUAGCCAGUAAGUGAUAAAGCCAGAAAUCUGACUAUGCAACUAUGCCGAACUACUUCUCAUGUGGGAUUUAAAAUGUAAAUAUGUUAUUGAGAACAGAUUGCCGUUCAUUUUGAGAAACCUAGUAAAGUGCAAUGUAAAGACAAUUGCAAGGAAACGUGUUCUUCAUUAUGUUUUCUUCCUUCAUAUUGAAAUUGUUAUUAAAAUAACAUGAUGUCGUUUCUCUGUUGUCUUUAUUUACUUGUAUUUUGUAUUUUGGCAGCAAUUACAGUGCUUAAUGUUAGUAUAAGGAUUCAUAUUGAAAUUUCAGUCUUAUUCUGUUUUUUGGUUUUUAAAUGAUUGACUGUGACAAAAUAAUAAAAUGUUAUAAAAUAUUUCUACUGA